AAGAGUCAUCCCGGCUAUAGCUUCAGUCUUAAUUCAACUCUCAGCAUAAAAACAAUACCGCUGGAUUAUAUUGUUAUCAACAUGAAAUACUUCAAGUUCUGUUGGCUGCUCAUCGUUGUGCUACUUUUCAUCUCCUCGCAAAAUGCCCUGGCGGCCCCAAAACGAAAACGGAAAGGAUUUUCGCUUCCAAAAUUACCACAUAUUAACAUAAAUAUCCACCAUAAUAGUAAGUAA